GGUGGUCAGGAACUUGGCACAACGGCCCUCACAAGUUGUGCCAAACAUUAACUUUUUAAACUGCAAACACUUUCUCAUUUGUUUUAUUGGUCAGAACGUUUCUUGUAUGACCCUUUUCUUUCAUUCUCUCAAUCUUCUUUAACAACACAAUCAAAGUUGAUUUAAUCUCUUUCAUUUUUUUUUUCAAUCCAGAUAGUCAUAUACUUUACAGGGUUUUCAAGAAAAAGAAUUGAGGAUGUGACUGUUUUACUUUACAUGCCAAAGUAAAAAGAGAUCAUGGAUUUGUUGGUGGCUGCAGCAACUACUGCAGCUGGGCACAUAGCUGAAUUUUGGCAGAGCCUGUUUCCAAAGGACCAAGAAGCUUCCUUGCAAGCCACUGGAGAGGCCAGUACUAGUGAUGUUCAAGGAACAAAGAAUGAAGUUGGUGUUCUUGGUAGUAGAAGCAGGCAGCUUAGAAGUAAGUCUUGUGGGCAUUUUGUUAAGCCAGUGAAUUCUUCAGAAAGUAGGAUCGCAGCUCAGCUGUAUAGGGAGAGUGCUAGAAUGGAAAAGUAUGUGUGCAAUUCAAUUCAUUCAAUAACCACACUGGCCAUUAGACCAUUGUUGGUGACAGAUGGGAACCAAGUAAUCUGCAGAGAUAGCAGUAGUUUCAAGGACAUGCAAAUUGUGAGUAAAAUGAAGCGAAGUAUUGGAAAGGGGCAGCAGUCUAGAAGAUUGAGCUGUUGCCAAACAAGGGCAUCUUCUAGUGGUGGUGAUGGUGGAGCAUUUCAUUCUCAAGGUUCACACAAUGGAAUGCUUCUUUUCUUUCUUGGUGCCAAUAUUGGACUAAUAUCUACCAUAGUUGCUAUUAAAAGAGAAGUGGACAACUUGAAUGCUGUAUUGAAGCAGGCUAAGAACUUGAUUCAAGAUUUACAUGAGGAGCUCAAGAUUAAUGAUUUGUAUACUUUUAAAGAGCUCAGUAAUGAGGAUUUUGAAUCCUGUGGAGCAAAUGGAUUUUCUUUCCUCGAUCAUAUACCAAAUGCAUCUCUUACUGAGCUAGAAUUAGAUAAAUCUAAAAAAUAUGAUGGGAGGGAGCCAGAUUAUCAGGAGGCAGAUGACUCUGAGGCAAAAAGUAAAAUUGAGGCAGAGCUUGAAGUUGAACUAGAGAGGUUGGAAUUAAACAUGAAGACAUAUAGUCUAGACAGAAUAUCAAACGAUGUUGAGCUGGAUCCCAACUUUGUAGUUGAUGUUGGUCAAGAAGAUCUGCCACCCCUCAAGCUCACUAGGCCACCUGGUUGUUUAUCUGUAGAUGGGACCUCCACCUCCACCGAUUACACUCAUACAGCAGACUGUGGAGUGUCACCUAGGGAGUUGAGCAUACGUCUCCAUGAGGUAAUUCAUUUGCAGCUUGAAGCACGUAUCAUGGAACUUGAGACUGUGCUUGAAGACACCCAGAUGAGGUUGCAUGCCAUUGAAUCAGAACAUAUGAUCUCUCAAAAUAACUUGUAUGUGGAAAAAAGAUCUUCAACCCAAGAAAGCCCAACAUUUAUGGAUGAAGGCAAUGUGGAUGGACGACCUUUCAUUAUAAAUACGUCAGGGGAAGCUCUAGAUUUAUAUAUUGAGGCUUGUGAAGAAUUUACCAAGAUGACUAUAAGAGAUGAAGGGGCUCCACCAGAAACAACAUACAACAGUGAUAAGAAAGAAUUGAAUCCUUUUCACAAAAAUAUGUUGAAGGGUCAAGAUGGUGAUGGUACGGCUAAUGAGUCCAGUUCACAAUGUGAUAUCAUUGAAGAGAAAUGGUCAAGGAAUUUAGAUCGUAACAAUACAGGAAAGAGUGAAGAUGUUGAUGAAGACGAUCAUGAGAUGGCAAAGCUAUUGAUAAAGCAGAUUGUGGAGAAGACCAGGCAAGGUUCUUCUAAGGUUUUAAAUGCUCAAAGAAUGCUGAAAUCAAUGAAUAAGCAAUAA